AGCCGGGGAGCAGUGUAGCCCCCGCUAGGGACUCUGCUUUCCUCCUCCCCCUUGGCGGUGCCUGGCCUCCCGCGGCAGGAAGGGGAGGCGGAAGAAAGGGGAAGAAGCUCCAGGCAGGCCGGGGGAGGGAGGAGCAGUCCCGGGGGGAGGCGGCAGACGCACAAGAUGGCCCCUGCUGCAGAGGCAGCAGUAGCAGCCGGUCGUGGGGAGGAGGUGGCGGCGGCCAGGCGGCCUCUGCUGCCGGUGCUGGAGGCGGUGGUGGCGGCGGCCAGCCCCGUGUCCCGGAGCUGAGAAAAGCUGUUGCUGCUGGGAGCCCAGCCGUGCGGAUAUGUUUCACACUCUGUGCUGGCUGUCUGUACUUACAGAAGAUAUUUAAAAACAAACAUUUUUGUCAAAGUUUUUGAUUCCAGUGGAAUCUGUGCUUUUGAUUUUGUCUUGUGAAUUAACUUCUGAAACAAUGCCUGUACAAGCUCCACAAUGGACGGAUUUUCUCUCCUGCCCGAUUUGCACACAAACUUUUGAUGAAACGAUCCGGAAGCCCAUCAGCUUGGGCUGCGGCCACACUGUCUGCAAGAUGUGCCUCAACAAGCUCCACCGUAAGGCAUGCCCCUUCGACCAGACCACUAUCAAUACAGAUAUUGAUCUCCUCCCUGUGAACUCAGCCUUGUUGCAGCUAGUGGGUGCUCAGGUUCCUGAGCAGCAGCCAAUUACUUUGUGCAGUGGAGCAGAAGACACCAAACAUUAUGAGGAGGCCAAGAAAUGUGUGGAAGAACUAGCAUUGUACCUCAAACCACUCAGCAAUGCAAGAGGUGUGGGUCUGAACAGUACCACUCAGAGUGUGCUAAGUCGCCCCAUGCAGAGGAAGCUUGUAACGCUAGUUCACUGCCAGCUAGUAGAGGAAGAAGGGCGGAUCAGGGCCAUGCGUGCAGCACGGUCACUGGGUGAAAGAACAGUCACAGAGCUCAUUCUUCAACAUCAAAAUCCCCAGCAACUCUCUUCCAACCUCUGGGCUGCAGUGAGGGCCAGGGGCUGCCAGUUCCUUGGGCCAGCAAUGCAAGAGGAAGCACUGAAGCUGGUUCUGCUGGCUCUGGAAGAUGGAUCUGCUUUGUCACGAAAGGUCUUGGUUCUCUUUGUGGUGCAGAGAUUGGAGCCACGAUUUCCUCAAGCUUCUAAAACCAGCAUUGGGCAUGUUGUCCAGCUUCUUUACAGAGCCUCCUGCUUCAAGGUGACUAAACGUGAUGAGGACUCCUCCCUGAUGCAGUUGAAGGAGGAGUUUCGUACCUAUGAAGCUCUGCGAAGGGAACAUGAUUCCCAGAUUGUGCAGAUUGCCAUGGAAGCAGGUUUACGCAUUGCACCGGAUCAGUGGUCCUCGCUGCUAUACGGAGAUCAGUCCCACAAAUCCCACAUGCAGUCCAUCAUUGACAAGACCCCAGCCUCAUUUGCACAGAGUGUUCAAGAACUAACCAUUGCUCUCCAGAGGACUGGAGACCCAGCCAACCUGAACCGGCUUCGACCUCACCUAGAGCUCUUGGCAAAUAUUGACCCUAGUCCAGAUGCCCCACCCCCAACAUGGGAACAACUAGAAAAUGGAUUAGUUGCUGUGAGGACAGUGGUACAUGGACUAGUUGAUUACAUACAGAAUCACAGCAAGAAAGGAACAGAUCAGCAGCAGCCUCCUCAACACAGCAAGUAUAAGACAUACAUGUGCCGAGACAUGAAGCAGAGAGGAGGGUGUCCCCGUGGAGCCAGCUGCACCUUCGCACAUUCACAGGAGGAAUUAGAAAAAUUUCGUAAAAUGAACAAACGCCUGGUUCCCAGAAGACCCCUGAGUGCCUCCUUGGGCCAGCUAAAUGAGGUGGGCCUGCCUUCAGCAGCUAUCCUCUCGGAUGAAGGGGCAGUGGACUUGCCCAGUAGAAAAUCCUCUGCCUUGCCGAAUGGGAUUGUGUCUACGGGCAGCACAGUGACGCAGCUUAUCUCCCGAGGGACCGACUCCGGCUAUGAUUCUGCUCUGAAGCCAGGGAAGAUCGACCACCUUAGCAGCAGUGCCCCUGGAUCCCCUCCUGACUUGCUGGAGUCUGUCCCCAAGAGCUCUAUUUCUGCCUUACCAGUGAACCCCCACCCUGUGCCCCCGAGAGGACCUACAGACCUGCCUCCAAUGUCCAAGCAACUCCAAAUGGUACCACGAGGGUCACAGUUGUAUCCUGCUCAACAGGGAGAUGUGUUUUAUCAGGAUCCUAGAGGAUCUGCCCCACCAUUUGAGCCAUCACCUUAUCCACAAGGUGUGUACUAUCCUCCUCAGUCCUCACAGUGCAUGUCUCGUUUUGUUCGACCUCCACCAUCUGCUCCUGAACCUGGUGGUCCUUACUUAGACCAUUACCCACCCUACCUUCAGGAUCGUAUGGUGAAUUCGCAGUACGGCACACAGCCACAGCAGUAUCCUCCCAUGGGACAACCUAUGUACCAACAUUAUGAGAGCCGGCGUGUGUACCCCUCUGCCCAACCAUACCAGCGGGAAGAGAUUGUCCGAGGAAGCCCUGUGCCCAUUGACAUUCCACAUGGAGCUGCACCUCCCUACGUACCUGAAUCCAGAGACCGAUACCAGCAAGUGGAGGGUUAUUAUCCCGUGGGUCCACAUCUCAAUCAGAUCAGACCAUACCACAGAGAGCCUUAUAACCGACUUCCACCUCCAUCUCAAACCCAUCCCAGCCUGGAUGAGCUUCAUCGCCGAAGGAAGGAAAUCAUGGCCCAGUUAGAAGAAAGGAAGGUGAUCUCCCCACCUCCCUUUGCACCAUCACCAACUUUGACUCACCCCUUCCACCCAGAGGAGGUUUUUGUUUUUGUACAGUACUCGGAUGAAGACCUGAAGGUAGCUGGGAAAUACAAAGGAAAUGAUUAUAGCCAGUACUCUCCUUGGUCGUGUGACACCAUUGGCUCCUACAUUGGAACCAAAGAUGCAAAACCCAAAGAUGUUGUGGCAGCAGGGAGUGUAGAGAUGGCGAACAUAGAUAGUAAAGGCAUGCGUGACCAGCGGUUGGACUUACAGAGAAGGGCAGCAGAAGCUGGGGACGAUGACCUCAUCCCAUUUGGUGACCGGCCAACUGUGUCAAGGUUUGGGGCCAUCUCACGUACUUCCAAAACGAUGUACCAGAGUUCUGGCCCCAUGCAGGCCAUGGCGGUACAGGGAGCUUCCACCAAAUCUAUCAACAUUUCAGAUUACAGUCCGUAUGGAACUCAUGGCGGCUGGGGAGCUUCUCCAUAUUCACCCCACCAAAACAUACCUUCUCAGGGACGCUUCAGUGACAGGGAGAGAUUGUCCAUGUCAGAUGUGGCCAGUCACGGGAAACCCUUGCCGUCAGCUGAGAGGGACCAGCAGCUCAGGCUGGAACUGCAGCAACUAAACCAUCAGAUCAGCCAGCAGACGCAGUUACGAGGACUGGAGGCUGUUAAUAACAGGCUGCUGUUGCAGAGGGAGGCGACCACCCUGGCAGGCCAGCCACAGCCGCCACCUCAUAAAUGGCCUGCAAUGAUCUCAAGUGAACAGCUGAGUAUGGAACUGCACCAGGUGGAAAGGGAAAUCGGGAAGAGAACCCGUGAGCUGAGCAUGGAGACCCAGUCUUCACUGGACAUGAAAAGCAACCUGGGCACCAAUAAACAGACAGAAAAUGGACAACUAGAACCACAAAGCAAGGUUCCAGCUGAGGACCUCACACUGACAUUCAGUGAUGUUCCAAAUGGAUCAGUCUUGACACAAGAGAACAUCAGCCUCCUGUCAAACAAGACCACAUCUCUGAACCUGUCAGAGGACCCAGAGGGGGGAGGAGACCAUCAGGACUCCCAGAGAACAGGAGUUGCACCCACCUCUUCUCCAUGAAGUGAGGAAAGCAUCCCCCCAGAGUUUCUAUUGGGGAGAAGGAGUUGGUAGCUUCCAUCACGCUUCCCUCUAAAGGUAGUCAGAGAAAUGCAGGAGCAGCAGCAGCAGGAGGUCCGGAGGCAAUGUGCACAAACACCACUACUAGAAACAAACCCUGCACAUAGUUCACAUUAAUGCGUUUUUUAAUUAAAAAAAAAUUAGCAGUAUCUGCAAGCAAUUCAGAUUAAAUUUGUUUUUGUUCUGUGAAUGAACUUUAUUUUAAUAACUUCGGACGCCUUGGAUCCAGGGCUUUAAAAAAAAGAUAUUAUAUAUAUAUACUCUGUUUGAUUAAUUGUAUGAUCUUAAUGAAGUAGGUUUUUUCUUUUACUUUGGUAUUAUUACAUACCCAGUGUAUAAUUCCUUACCACCUCCACUCCCUUUCACCUCAGAACAACGUCGGCCGCCUCCUUGUAUGAAUUUAAAGGUGAAUGAGGGAUGUAGGAUGGAGGGAGGCUAUUAAUUGCAGUGUCAGAAAACAUGCAGCAAACAUCAGUAGGUUUUUAAAAUGAAUUUCUUGUAACUAGGAGUUCUCCAACGCCUACAAUACCUUUCUACUUAUACCCAUUGACUUUUAGCCACAGUUGAUGCAAUCGUCUCAGCUCAGUGAAAGCAUUCCAUAAUAUCCAUCCCACUGCAGCAUGUAUCCCCAAGGCUAUUAUUUAAGCAGUAGCAAAGAGAGUGGUGUAUGCACAUUACAUUUAUUUAACUAGGAACUGAUAUGACAUUGUAUUUUGUGUUUGGGAUUAGAGUUCAGCAAAGGACAGAGGGCCUCAACUAGUUGAGACCUGUAUGUUUCAGACUUCCAGGAGAAAUUGAAGAAGUUAGUUGUCCGGUGCCUGAGCUGCUUGGCCAACCAGCAGUUGUCGCUGAGCAACAUGACAGAGGCACCAAAAAGUUUCCAUCCCUUGCAAUAGGAAGGUAAAAAAAGAGCGAGAACACAGAUUUUAAGGAAGGAAAAUAACUGAGAACUAGCUUGCAAAGACCCUUUUUCAUCAGCCACUAUUUAGAAAGAUGGAAGUUUCCUUUGUUAGGGCAUAGGAAGAUAGUCUUUUAUAAAGGGUCUCUUUUUGUAGCCCAGCCUCUUCCAUUCAUGAUAGCAUCUAGGGUUGCUUCAGAAAGGGCAUGGACUACCUGUUAUGGACCCGAUCCAAAGCCCACUGAAAUCAGUCAGUAAAGACACUUCCAUUGACUUCUAUGAGCUUUGAAACAGGCCUUCCAUUUGCGUGGUGUUGUUUUUGUUGUUGUUGUUGUUUUUUAAACUAUUUCAAUUAUAGCUUUUUUGCCCUUACUGCUAAUUACUGAGCUGCUUGUGUAUAAAUACAAGUCGUCUACUUUUAUAGUCUGCCACCUCUGGCCUGCAAUUUAUUUGUUUGUGGUGUCAGUGAAGGCUUCUCAUGGGAAGAGAACUUUUGUUUACAUGCACAAAACUUGGCAAUUAGCAAAAGUAGAGGAGGGCAAGUGUAGAAGUAAUAGUAAUGCUCGGUACGAUCCGUGCAUACCAGAAUUGGACAGCAAUGGCUGGAAAUCCAGGUGCUGCUCUUUAGCUUGGUCUGCCAUUGCUGCAUGGAAUCCUUUCAGAAGCCAGCAUUUCUUCUCUGUUGGAGAAAAGUUACAUCCAGAAAUGCCACUUCGGAUCCAACAGCGAUCCUGCCAGAAGCAUUUGGAAUACUUGAAAGCCAGGAUUUUUUUUGUGACCUAUGUCAUUUGCUCAGUCUCCCAAUGGAGGUGGGUAGGUGAAGAUGACGCCUGAAUGGAAGUGGGUUUAAGAAGUCACAAGCCUUUCAGUUCUGUGUGGUAUCAUUCCACUGAGAAGUUCCUCUUAACAGGCACAGAAAUCUUUGAGGCUUUGCUCUUGCUGCAUGUAUUUUGACCCUUUCUGCCUGCACUGAACUGAGCCCCUCUGAAUAGAAAACUCAGUGGAGAAGAGUGUGUUCAGUGUCGCUCCCUCCAUGCCCGUGUGGCCUGCCUUUUGUUUUUCUUUCUGGAUUAGACUACUAAAUCAGAAAGCACUGGUUAUGUAAUAAAUUUAUUGCAUUGCUUUGGUUGGGUAAAAGCAAGAGUUAAUACUUUUCUUGUUUAGUUGUUUCUUAACCCUUAACUCCUGCUGAGGUCAUAGGAACCUUGGACUAAGCUUUGCAUCCAUUAUACUGUUAAUUUAAACAAAAUGGGGGAGGGGGUAGAUACAGUCCCACUAUUGCCUACCAGUAGAGUGUCCAAACAGAAGACUCUUUUGAGUAGCGAUUAUUUAAUUUGCCCAGUCAAGGCACCGCAUUUAUAUACUAUUUCACAUUGAAUUUGAUUAUGCCCUACAGACCUGGCUGGUCAAGGAUUUGAUACACAUAUUGGCUUGGGAUUCGAGCUUUCUUUUUUAUUUAAAUAAAAAUUUAUAUAUAUAAAUAUAUAUAUACAUAUAUACAUAGUUAUAUCUGUAUAUAUAUUGGGUAUGUUUUAAGAAUUUUUUCACAUGAGCGCAGCUGUUCUGAUCAAAUGUCUGAUUGGGAGGUAGAAGCACGGAACGAAGAUAAAGCAUUUUCAGCUCACAGCCACACUCUUCGUGCAUUCGUGCAUGUUUAUUUCACUCUUAGCUUAACUUUGGCCUCAGAAUUGCUGAAGAAAGCAGUUCUGAGGCUUGUUUUUUUUCCCUUGAUUGUGAGGAAGACUCUUCUCUGCCCUGGAUUCUCACCAGCUGCACUAAUCCUUCCACUCACACAUGUUUACAUCCUGCACCCUUCCUUGAUCAUGGCCUCCAUCCUUCCAGCUUAAGAGGACUGGGCUGACUUUGCUGAGAGAUUAUUUCUGUUCCAUCCUUCUCCCUGUUAGGGUGGGCUCAGUGCGCUUGACAGCGUGCUGGUGAGUGAGCUGAUUCAGGUACCCAUGCUGUGGUCUCUACUCCUGAAGUGAAGAUCACCACCACCAGGUCAGCUUUGACUUCGUUAUUUUUAAGAAACAUUUUUUUCUGCUGUGUUUAUAUUAACACCAGCUCAUUUUAGUCAAGAUAAUUUAGUGCAGUAUUCCAACCUAGGAGGGCAAAUGCCAGAUUUUCUACUUUUGACUAGAAAAAUCUUCUUUACAUAAAAUAAUUAAAAUUACCAAAAAAUUUGUGUGCUAUGGCACAUUCUCCUUCACGGUAGGAAGAAAAUCUGGAGGGAGCAAAAAAAUUAUGGCCCAUUAUCUGUUGUGCCAACUAAUUGCAUUUCCAGUUGAGAACUGACCCUCUUUUCUCUAAGCCUAGGGAAAGAAAAAUUCUACAGUAAGAACUGUUCAGAUCACUACACAUAGGUCAGCAAGGGUAAAUGCUACUAAACCCAUGGAUUAGAAAGAGUACCUUUAAUGUUGUUUUUUCCCCUGUUUGUGCUGUACUUUUUGUGCAUAGUGUCCUUGUUGUGAUCAGUCUCUCCAGGUGAAUGCCCUGUUUGCUCAGCAUUGUAGUUUGGCUUGUUAACUAGUCUGUUUAAUAUGUGCAAACCUUAUUGAUUUUGGCUUUGUUUCCUUUUUCUCCUGCUCUUGCCCUUUCCCUAUGUUUCUGUGGAGAAGUUUAGGUGAUAAAACUAGGGAAAUAGGGAACCAGAAAAAGGCUUUGUUUUCACGAAGACAGUACCUGAAAUCCACUUUCUGUGGAAAAAUCCUGCCAGCAGAGCUGAGAACCCAUCACUCUUCAGAUGCAAGGACUGAUUGUUAAAACAGAUGACCUAAAUUCCCAUGAACCAGCUAUGUUUACUGCUUCACUCAUUUCUGUGUCCUAUCCCUGUCCCUAUUACAUCAGGACAUUGUCCAUUUCUGUUAAAUGAAACUGCUACAGCCUGGCUUGGUCCCAUCUACUCCAGCAAGAACAGUGUUGGACUGCUGUUAGGGCACUAUCAUGUUGUAUGGCAAGUAAGGUAGAUUUGCUGGUGUAGAUCAAACCUUUGAGUGCUUGUUGCUAGCAGAGUUUCAACCAUAAUGUGCACAGAGCCCUAAAAAUGAGACACUUCAAACAGCAGGCUAGUCUUCACAAUGUCAGACACAAAUAGUUGACCCACUAGGAGUAUAAACAAUUUCAUUUUUCCUGUAGUAUCAUGCGUUUUUUUCCUUCUUACAUGUGCCCCAGUUCCCUUAUCUUAAUGGUAGAAUUAUAUAUGCUUAUCUUCUAGCCAUUUGUAGGCUGCCUUACCCCAUUUCAAAAUAGAAAUCCUGUGGAUCUGAGCACCUUUCAUACAUGUAGUGCUGUUACCACUUUAAACUCAAAUUCUUCAGCUGUCUCGGUUCUACUGACCCGUGUUAUCUCCCUCUGGUCCACCUCUCUGGCUUGUCCAUCAUCCUCCCUGAUCAUGCAACAGUGACAGCUUGCUGCCUCAAAACAGAGCAUUCAAAUGAAUUCGCUUAGCCAAUAACUUCUGUGAAGUUGCCUUUUCUAAUGGUGUUAUUACUCAGUGAUGCACAAAUAUGAUAUUGCCCCUACUGGUAGGCAAACAGGGGGUCUGUAUAAACAUGGUAAACUGCUGUUUUUCUUUAAAGGAGAGCCAAAGACUUGUGCUUUACUUUUUUUCACCCUUUUUCCCCCAGGAUAGCCGUUUUGAUAGUCAAAUCUUUGUAGAAUUUUGUGAGUUGACUGUAUUUUCCUGGUAGGAGUUUGCACAGUUAAUGAUUGUCAAGCCUUAAACAUAUGUUAAAUGGUGGCAUCAGUUCAUCUAGUUACGCAAUUUGAAAAGGGUGUGUUUAAGCACCUAAUAUAUUUGAGUCUUCUAACUUUCAUACUUGUUCUUUCAUCCACUCCCAUGCACUCUCUCAGCUAAUUUACAGGUAGCAGAGAAGGCACUUAGAAGUUUACAUAGUUUAAAAAAGCCAUGUUUAUAAACAUUAUUGCUGAUUAACUUGUUGGAUUUUGCUGGUUUAAAAUUAAAAUUUCUAAAAACUAGUUUGCUGCAAAUGUGAAUUUUUGCUGACUUCUAAGGAAGUCCAGUGAGACUGACAAGACUCCUGUCCAGCUAUACCAUUGCUUUAAAUCAAAUACAGUACAAAUACUUCAUGCAAGGACAUUGUUGCCUACUAAUAACAAGUAUUUAAUAUCUGUGACAAACUCACUGAACUGCAAAGUAGAAGAAUUGGGCUUUUGAGUUUGACAUACAGUAAAGCCUUUUUUUAAACUACUUUCCAUGGGGUCACUUAAAUCUCUUGCAGGUUACGCUUUUGAAAUUCAGAGAGGAAUACCUAAACAGUAAAAGUAAUUGGAAAAUCCUCCACUUCUUGCUGUUUCCAUUCACAAAAGUGUGGAGCUUUUAAAAAUAUUCUGACAGCCACAGGUCAGUGAUAAGUACCAACCCUCAGGGCAGCUUUUUGAAGAGGGAGCACUUUGUCAAGAAGCUAUCUUUAGUCAAAGAUUGACUAGAACUUUAAUAAAAAAAAAAAAAAAAAGAAAUUCAGUGCUAAAAAUGAGAGCGUUGAAUAGCAGUGCUGCCAGCUAGUCUCCUCUGUUUAACAAAUGGAAAACCAAUCCAUUCAAAAGCUGUUUGAGUGUGGAGAAUUACAUAGAGUAGUUCAUAUGAGCAGGCAGAAUAACUGGCAUGACUUCACCUCCAUAACCAUCCAUUAUAUUGAUUUCCUUCUCCUCCCCUUGUCUAUAAACAUGUACACUUUCUGCCCCAUCUCCUAAUAUUGGCAGUAUUGACAGUGAUUGAUGCUACUGUCCACAAGUUUAUACAUCUCUUUAACAUACUAAAACGCUUCCCCUGUCUUGUUCAGCAUAGUGAUUCAGACAUUGACCUGGUGAAAAGCCUGUCAUGCUAAAUGUAAUCUCAAUUUAUAUUAAAAAUUAAUCACACUUCUGAGCUACCUUCUAAACACAGUCUUGGUGCUGAGAAGUCACAUUUUGUGUCCUUUGAGGUAUGUGAGUACAUGGCCAAGAUUGUCCAUAUGACAUUGAAACGGAUUUGCUCUCACCAUAACUUUAAUAUGAAAUAUAAAAAUUAAAUACUGAUACCAUAUUGUUAAAUACCGAUACCAUCAACUACUUGCUUUCUGACAAAAUGGCAGAUACUGGGAAGAGGCUUAAGUGCCAGUUCAGUUAUAUGUCAAAAGUCAACUGGUCUGGGAGACCUUAUUCCAACAGAGUCUCCUAACACAGGUUCCACAUUUUGUAAAAACCACGUGUUAACUGUAUCUCUAAUCAUGCCUCAUCCUUGGAAGCAGUUGAUUGUUGUGAUGUAGAUGGGACCUUAAUUGAAGGAGAAAGGAGCAUUAAUGUCAUUUAAAUGUAUAAGUGGUGAGAGCAGUUUCAUGCCAUGGGAACGCUGAACACUAUAAGCAGAGAGAGUGGAGCUUUCUUUGAAAUCUAAUGAAGGAGUGCAUGAAGAACUUGGCUCUUCCUGUGUGUACACUGGACUUCCUCCUCAACAGCCUCCCAGUGUAGGUGGAACUUUAUAACACCGUGGCCAAAAUGUCCAAACUUGGAUGUUGACAGUUUAACCACCUGAAUAAGUGGUCUGACCUUCAGUGCUACUGAGCCCCUGCAGCUUCCACAAAGUUAACCUCUAAGUCCAGUAGGAGCUCAGCACCUCUGAAAAUCAGACAUCUUCCAUUCAGGUGCUGAGCUGCAGCCACCAGAUUCUGGAUGCUUUUCCCCAAUAGAUCUGGAGCUGGGUAAGUUUCACCAGUUCCUCCUGGUUCUGGAAGUUUUGGCCAAAAGGAAAACACAGCAGUAUCAAUUUAAAAAUAGAAAAACAGUUUUGUCUUGGGGAAAGUACAACCAAAGGGAGACGCAGUCCAUGAAAAGAAAAAGUAUUAGAUAUACUGAAAUAUGUAUAUGUAUCUGUAACUAAAUAACAAAAUCCUGUGGUGUAUUUGAUGUUUAUGGUAUAAACUAAAAAUCAUUUGCUUCUCUGUAACAUUAAAGUUGUUAAUAAUUUGUGGCAGAUAAUACUCACAAGUCUUUGGCAUCCAAACCAGAUUGUGUACUGGAUAGAUCCCACAACUGGACCUAGGCAGUGAGCUCCUUUCUAGCUUUUAUUAGAGGUGGCAGAAGCUUUCUCUGCAUGCAGAAAACAGCUUGAGUCAGGAGAGGAGAAAUAACCCCCCUAGCAACGUAGCUGCUCCAUUGUUCGUAAUUUUUAUGCCAUUCCUUUGCAGCCUCUCCUAAGUGGGCAGCUGCAAUGUGGACAAAAUAGCCAAUAACGUGAGACUCUUAGCUUUUCUAGUGUCAGGAAUUUCUGCGUUCCCCGUGGCUUCUGCUUGCCAGGUAAGCAGCCUCUGUGCUAAGAGGAGCUUUCCUUGAAGGUCAGCUUAUCAGCUACACUGUAGCUUGAUUUAUUUUUAUUUUUUUUCCUGCUUUUGAUAAUCGGUGAUAGUAAUGUUAAGAGCUCUGUCCCCAUUUUGUUCCACUCUAUGGGGAAGUGGGUGUUAGGUGUGUGUGGGAGGACUGUGACAGUUAAGAGACAGAACACACACAACCACAUGCAUUCCCACUUUAGAAGCCACCUAACUGUUUCCAGUUGUGGGAUUUCUCUACAGAAAUACUUUUAUUUGUAAGCCUAGUUUUCUGUGGUUUCUUAGGCUCAUACCGGUCUCCCCGAGACAUUCUGCAGUCAUUAUCACCUUUUUGGGUGGAAUUUAUUUUAUUUUUUUGUUUUGUUUUUUUAAAAAUAACUUUUUAACAUUGGUGCAUAUAUGCUUGGGAUAGAGCUUGUGUAAUUUACCAAUCGUAUUGAUUGUAUGUGAUUGUGCCCUGCAGAGGUAUAUUUAACAAAAAAAAAAUUAAAAUAAAAUUUAAAAAAAAUAGGAUAAUAAAGGAGACCAUGAGAUUUGA